UGUAAACAAAGCUGACAGCUAUUUAGUUAGCUGUAUGGGUGCUGAGCUUGCUUUUUUGUUAUAAAAACAGAAUAGGUGUCCAUGUCGUGUGUUUCUCAGCUGCUUUGUGAAUAUUCCGCGGGCUUCUCCCACCUGGACAGCAUUACCUCUCUGCACAAGGACGGUACAGGCUGCUGCUGCUCGGGGACCGAGCUCAUCAUUUACACCUACCUACGAGACGGAUCGUGGGCGAAAUAAGCACCCGGUUAUUGUCUGUUUCGUUAACUUUGCUGCCUUAAGGCAGGAACGCUCACAGCUCGUCCGAUCUCGCCCAAAACAACGAUGUCUACAUCCAACGCAAAUUUCAAAAACAAGUGUGUCGCCCAGGUCAACUGCAUCUUCUGUGAGAGUCUGCUCUGCACGAGAGGCAUGAAGGCGGUGCUGCUGGCAGACACCGAAGUAGAGCUCUUUUCCACGGAUAUACCUCCAAACAGAACUGUUGACUUUGUGGCCAGCUGCUACUCCACUGAAAGCUGCAAAUGCAAACUGAGGGACAUCGCAUGUCUUAAAUGUGGUAAUGUUGUGGGUUAUCAUGUAGUAGCCCCCUGUAAACCCUGCCUGCUCUCCUGCAACAAUGGUCAUUUCUGGAUGUUUAAUAGCGAUGCUGUAUCUACUCUCAACAGACUGGAUGCAACGGGUCUGAACCUGCUUUUGUGGGGAGAUCUUCCUGAGCUAGAAGACAGUGACGAUGAAGAAUCAGAAAGUACAUCAGAGGAGGAGUGUAUUAGGUAGAGAGGGCAACGGACAAUGUGAGAGGACCUGAAGGCUAGCAUUUUGAAAGGUGAAGUAAAGAAUCUUCCCCCCCCCAAAAAAAUGACUGGAUGCAACAGAAAUGAGGAGUCUUGAAGGGUGAUCAAACAUUGAAUUACAGAAGGCAGAGAAAUUCUGUGUGGGCUGAAACAUUAGAGCAUGCUGCACUCCUGGCCAACCUCCAAACAUUGUCACAGGUGAUGUUUUCCCUUUUGACAGAUGAUGAAGAAAACUGGCUGUGACGUCAAUGAUUGGGGUAUGGCCUUAACUAGGCAUGCUCCAAAGUUUUUGGUUUUUGUAGUUGAGUGUUUCAUCUAUUUAGUACCUGUGGCCAUGCCUUUGCCCUCUUACGUUUCACUGUUAAAGCACAGAUACGCAAAUAUUAACAUGCUCUCUCUUCACAAAUGAUAAAAACAUUUUUUCAUGGGUUGUGAGGGUGGGGUGGUAUUUUCACAGGCUAUUAUGAAACAUGUAGCUGAAAUGACUGACAACUGGACACCUUAAACUAGUGUGGUCUGCUAUUCUAAGCGUAUAUUUUAUUUAUAUCACCCCCAUGAGCAUCAAAGAUGCGGUUUGAUAAGUCAGCAGAGCUCAGCUGUGAAUGCUGUGCUUAUUUACAUUGUUUAUGUUAAAUCUUUUUUAAGAAGAUGACCACAGGUCGCCUGUCUUUAAUGGCAGUUAGAGACUGUACAUUAAAUAUACUGAAAUGAGAUAAAUAUUCCAAUGAUUUAUGUCUUAAUGGCUUAUAUUCUUCUGUGGCUGGGUGCAGAAUGAUGCCUCGAGUGCUUUUUGAUUCUUGCAUAUUAGAGAAAUGGCACAAUUAUUGAAUGAUAUAAAUGUUCUUUGCUUUUUAAAGGGCAUAUUUAAUUCAAGGUACCUUACAAUCUGAUAUUCUAUGAGUGACGGAUGUGUUAAUACAGUGCUAAUACAUUGUUUGUUGCAAUCAUGACAGCAACAGUAAGUGUUUAAAAUCCCAUUAAUCAGAAUGUUGAAGUCUCUAUACUAACAUACUAACUGAGGGAAAGGAUUUAAUACUGCAAAAGCUGCGUUUGGAGAUUAGUUUUUAGCCAUUAAAUCGGUUCAGGUAAAACGUUCCCAGAGUGAUUUUGAUAUAAGACAACUAGAAUCAAAACUAUCAAAAACCUACUUUUGGGACAGCCAUCAUCUUUUCAUAUUUUUAUCAUUAACCGUUUUAGAAACACAGACUCUGCUAUCUGUGUCCACGUUAAACCACUUUUCUAGUUUUGUGUAGUGGCUCACCUGUAGCACCUGGGGAAGUGGAAAAAGACUUGAAAUGUGUCAGUAUUGGAUUUAUAGACUGGGCAGUUUACAGAAUGGUGGAUGAAACAAGAAGUGUAAUCUGAUGUAAAUUUUAAGCCUGCCAGCAGCUGGCGGUAAAGUUUACAACUUUGUUAGCUGACAACAAACAUUAAGCUGCUAACUUGCACAUUAGCCGGUCGUCACUAUCUGACCAGCACAUUUAAAAAUCCCCCAGGCACAUGGAGGUUCAAUUCAAAAAUGUCUUCUUUUUUUUUCCAGUGUCAUCCUUUAGCACUUGCUGUUUCUCUGCUGUGGUCUGACAAAACUAUGAACUUUAUCUUAAAAGGAAGGGUAUUUUAUGUGAGUGAAAGAGAUUUGUCGGUAUUGCCGGCAAACCUUGUCAAAGGAGCAACCACUGAAUGUCAUAACUCUUAUCUGAGGGUAGAGGGUACGAGUAGCUUUUUGCAAUAUUAUUUGGCCUCCAUGUACCUCAAUGCUGCAGCGUUUACUUGUUUUAAAUGAUGAUAAAUUAUCAUUUCAAAAUAAAAUUUUAAAAACACAGAUGAUUUUUACAAGGGUAACUGACAACUCUGUGGAUAGGAAACAGCAUUGGCUGCGUAUUUAUUAAAUCCACGAACCAAAUACCUGUAAGAACACUGUCAACUCAGUUUCUUGGUUUACAAAUGCUUUGGUUUAUAUUGUGCGAUAGUACUUGUGUUUUUGUUGAUUAUAUUUAAUAUUUCAUUGUGUAGUGCUUUGUUUUGUACAUUGGAGAUUGGAUGUUUCAAAGUAUUACCUCAAGAAGGUAUCAUGUGUGAGCUUCCUCUGGCUAGGACAUUUGUCAAAUGAUAAUCACAACUAUUUAAAUGGCUGUUUCUGAUGUGAAUAACUUGCUGAAAAUGUAUAUUUUGGAAUUGCACUGAAACUGUAUUGGUAGUUUGAAAAAGAGAAGGAUCUCUUGUUUUCUAUGCUUGUUUAAAAUAAACUUUUUUUUUCCCAA